AAAAAUAGAAAAUCAGUCAGUAUACUCUCUAUCAUCUACUCUAUCACUCACUAUCAUACUAACUCAUUGGUUCUUAUUUAAUAGCAUAUCAGAUAUACAAACAUAUCAUCUUCACCACCACCACCAUUACCAAACCAACUCAACUCAAACAAACCAACCGAACUUCAAAACAAAACCAACUCAUUAUUAAUCAGUAGACCAUCCUUCAUAGGUGAUCUACAAACACUUACUGCUUAUUAUCAAAAUGAAAACACACUAGACCAAGUCCAAUACGCAUCCAAACCGAUCUUAACAUCUACAAGAAAGCCUAAAUCGAUUCUAAAAGCUAAUCAUCCACCACCUAAGAAACCGAACCAAUCGAUCGAUUCAAAUCCAAGUUUCAAUCGGAUCCCUCAAAACUUAAAACCUAAAUCAGAGACAAAUCCAACGAGCAAUCAACCAUCCAAACCUAUUUCAACUCAACAAAGAUCUCAAUCUACUUAUCCUAUUCGAUUCCAACCCAAUAAAUAUCAAGAAGAACGUCAAACCUUUCAACCUAUUCGAUUUCAUCCUUUAGAGUUGCCUGAUACUGAAGAUGAUCAAGUUCCUAAACUCGAAUUACCUUUCUUUGGUGUCAAUCAACAUAUUGGAUGUAGGUUUUCGAUCAGAACUCUUACUAGGGAAGUCGAACGGAGUUUGAAAUCACAUGAACCUAUGGUAACUAAAAAGUUUCAGGAAGAUCAAGUUAAAAGGUAUUUGAGUGAACAUGAAAAACCAAGUGUGUUGAAUCGAACUCGUCAAGACUUAGGACUUAGUCCAAGACAUCAACAAACUCAUCUAGAUUCGAUUCUCGAAAGUUAUGGUGAAGAAGACACCGACCAAGAAGAAGAAGAUUCCAACUUUCAACUUGAUGAAAUCAUAGAUGAAAAUGAUGAUGAUCAAACUAAAUGGAACAAAGUCGAAAGUCUUUUAUCACGAUUACCUUGUCGAUUACCUGAUUUAGAAACCGAAUCUGAAUCUGAUCAAAAAGUAUCAUCUUCUUCAGAUAGUUUUAAAACUUUAUCAAAUUCAUCAUCACCAUUAAAGAUCAAUAAACCGAACCUACCAAACCAUAUGGUAAGGAAUGAAGAAGGUUCGGGGUUUCAAGCUAACCAAACCAACUUACGAAAAUCAGAAGCUCCAAAACGGUUUUAUCCAAUCGAACCACCCGAACCUAAACCCAGUAGAAAGACAAUCCAAGUCUCAAACCAUACAUCUGAAAACCCGACAUCCACUAUAUCAAACAAGAGUGAAAGCUCAAAGCAGAUUCCAGUCUUAGUACCCCAACCAUGGGGCAGAGCCAGAGACCAAAGAAGACAAACCCAAACGAUACACCCGACCAAAAGAUCUUCGGAAUUUCAUCAUUCUACUAAUUCUAGAAAGUUGAAGAACCUUAGUCAACUUGAGUUUAAAAAUAAACAUCUUUCGGGACUUUCUAAGUCGUUUAAGAGUGGUCUUCAGGGGAACUGGGGCAGUUUGGGUCUGAAGAAUGGGGAACUACCGCCCCCUGUGCCUGGUUUGCCUAAACGGUUUGUUUAGACUUUGGUUCUUGGGGUUGUGAGGUGUAGUGAAGUUUGUUGUGGGUCGUGGCAAAGGUUGGGUUGGGUUGAUGGGGGUUUUGGAAUGGGGGUUCGCGUGGAUUGGAAAACUCGAAUUGGGAUUUAGAAGUUGGGAUUUAGGAUUCAAUGGGUGUUUUUCUUGAGUUUUGAUUGAAGUUUGGAUGAUUUUUAGCAACUUAUUAAACACAUGCUUGUUGUUGGUUUUUGUCACUUUUCUUUUACUUUUUUUUAUACGAAUGGUUUUUGAUUCUUAAAACCUUCUUGAAGGAAUCUCUUUAAAAGAAAACAUUAUUUUUAAAUCAAAACGUUUUUUCUUUUCUUCUUUUUAACUUCUUUGAUUUUACAUAUAUUAAAUUUAUUGAACUGGGUUCGUUUUUUGAUUUAUUUUAUUUUCUUGAUAUGAUUAUGUAUUGUAUUGUAUUGUGAAUGUGAAUGAAGUAUGAAUCAAUGGACUUGGAUUAUUUACAAGAGAAAGAAAUCAAGAGUUUUUGAAAACUU